GCGGGGGCGGAGGGAUCGCGGCGGGGGCGGCAUGGCGGUGUCCGCCGGGGAGCGCGGGGCGACCCUGGACCUCUGGGGGCACCUGCGGCCGCUGCGGCGGGAGGCGGCGGCCGAGGAAGAGGAGAGCGAGGACGACUUCGWGGAGGAGCCGUUCCUGGCGGAGGAUGCGCUUGUGGAGGCCGCCGGGCGGGACCUGCCGGCCGCGCUGCCCCCGCGCCGCGCCGUUAUUAUACAGGAAUGUGGCACCAAAGAGGAGUAUGAAGUAGUUGGACGUUUUCCAUUAGUUGACCCUUGGUGGAAAGUUAAUGUUAAAGCUAAAAAAAUGGGGUCGAAGUACUUUGUGCAAGGAUAUCCAUCRUAUUUUCUGCAGACUGAUGUGAAAGAAAACAACCGACAAAUAUUUUCGCUCUUUCUUAAGGAAUGUGAUGUUCCUGAAAGUUUGAAAGAAAUUUUUUUUGCUUGGCUUCCUAUGGAGUCUGUGCUGAGUUUUACAAAUCUUGAAGAAAAACUUGAAGAGUUCCAAGUUUCACACAUAAAGCCAAGAAGGAGGAAAAAAGAUACCAAGGAUUAUGACAUCUUCAACUAUGUUGCAGAAUCAUUUGCAGGAAAGGCGGUAUUUGUAGCUGUGCAUUUUCCAAGGAUACUGGAGUUCUUGCCAAUUCUUCUGCCACGCCACUUUUGCUGUCUCUUAAAUGAGGUGUGCUGGCAAAGAAAUACUGAUAUGGAUGGUGAGGAAGUAAGUGACAAGAUGGUAACAAGAUUGGAUGAGAUACUAAAGGAUAAGCCGUGGAAACUUGGAUUCAGCAGGAUUAUCUAUAAGGAGCUGAACCUUUCUUACUGUGAGGCAACGUGGGCUGCCUUCUGUCAGUGUGAACAUCUCCUCCGGAAGAUUCCUGACUUGCAGAAGAAUGCGUUAAUUCUGUAUGAUCGGCUCAAGACACACUGUAGACAAAUGGGACACACAUAUGAAGAUCAAGAUGAAUUAGCUCGUUUUGUAUCCAAAUAUAUGUCAAUUGAGCAAGUCUGGCAAGCUCUUGAAUUUUUGAAAGAUCGGAAUGUAGUGAUUAGGGAGAAAAAGCUGGUGUUUCUGCCUCAUCUUUACAAAUCUGAAAAGGAUAUUGCAACGUAUAUAGGUGACCUGUUAAACCGCACGUGGAAACUGGAUGUGGAUGUGAAAAAGAUACUUAACUUUUCUGAGGCAUCAAGAGAAACAGUAGAUAACCAAAUUAAUAUUAUCCAGACACAAGAAAUGAAAGAAAAUAAUCUGGACAACCAUAAUGGUGAAAAUCACUUUCCUGAAAAGGAGGUGGGCUCUAUGUCUGGUAUCCAAAGUAAAGCAGAGGUAGAUGAAGAUCAGGUGAUUGCUGUGAAAAAAAUUUGUUCUAAUCCUGUCACAAUCAUAAGUGGAAAAGGAGGCUGUGGGAAGAGUACAAUAGUUAGCUGCCUUUUUCGUCAUUUAAAGCAGAUGGAAAAAGAAGUGGAAGCUGCUUCUAAGGACUUUGAACAAGACUUGGAUGCAUCUGAGGAAUGGAAUACAUUUGAUCAGCACUGGGAGUCAGAGAAUAUGUAUGCAAAAAACUUUUUGAAUGUACUAUUCACUGCACCUACAGGGAGGGCAGCAACUCUUUUGAGUGAAAAAACUCAGCAACCUGCAUAUACAUUGCAUCAGAUUAUCUAUAGUUUUAAAUCAUGGAGACGGAAUGAAAAUGCACAGCCGUGGAAGUUUUCUGCUGUUACAGUUCUGAUUGUGGAUGAAGGAAGUUUGGUGUCUGUACACAUUCUUAGUUUAGUUUUAAAACUCUUAUGUGACCAUGCUCAGCUUGCUAAACUUGUUAUUCUAGGUGAUACUAGACAGCUGCCAAGCAUAGACCCAGGAAACAUGUUAGCUGAUAUCUUUGAGGGUCUAAAAUCCAGAGGCUUUUCUGUGGAACUGCGAACUAACCACAGAGCAGAAUCACAACUGAUYGUAGAUAAUGCAUCAAGAAUCUCUCACCGGCAGUUUCCUGAAUUUGAUGAGGUGCUGAAGGUUUCUGCUUGGAAUGAGGAAGUGACAAUGCCAAGUCCGGAAAAGAAAUUUAUUCUUAUUGCUUUGCCUGCUGGCRGGAAUUGUGACAGUUUACAAACUGCCAUAAAGAUUUUACUUAAAAAAGGGCCAGGAUUGGAGGAUGCCAAACAAUCCCAAUUCAUUGCUUUCAGAAGGCAAGAUUGUGAUCUAAUAAAUGAACUUUGUUGCCAACACUAUUCAAAUCAUUUAACCAGAGACCAUAAGAACCGACUUCUGUUUCAAACUGGGGACAAGAUUUCCUGCACGCGCAAUACAUAUCUCAAGGAUCUCUUGCCCUCCUGUGGUGUUGGAGAAGGUCCUAAUGGCCAUGAAUGCAGAAGUGGAGAAACCACCCUCACUGCAGAGGCUGCUGCAGAGGACAAACGACUGUGCAAUGGAGACAUAUUUUUUAUAACAAAGGAUGCAGAAAUUGAUAAACAGCGCCUCUUGACCAUCAGCAGCACAUACAGCUCCACGUUUACUGUGAAGUACAAGGCAUUGAAGAAGCUGUGUCACAUAAGGCAUGCCUGGGCCAGAACUAUUCACACAUUCCAGGGCUCCGAGGAAAGGACCAUCGUGUAUGUGGUUGGCAAUGCYGGCCGGCAGCACUGGCAGCACGUGUACACAGCUGUGACCAGGGGACGUAGCCGUGUCUACAUUGUGGCUGAAGAGCAGCACCUCAGGAAAGCAGUAAAGAACAAGAACAUGCCCAGGAAAACACGUUUGCAGAAAUUUUUGAAAGAGGCAAUUGCAGAAACAAACAACUGUCCUGAACAAACGUCCUGUUCCCUGGUGAAGUGUUGGCAAAGUCAAGAGCUCGAGACUCAGUCUGUUUCUGUAACUCAAAAUGCUCCUGACGCACCUGAAUUUCAAAGUGACCUCAUGACACAGGAAAGGUCAUCAGUUCUCAGUAAAGAACAGAUAGGCAGGUUGCAGCAAAGUCCAUGUAAAAGACCAACUCCUGCCUCUGAGGAUGCUACAAAAAUACCCCCUACAACAGUAGCAGAAUCCCCACUUGGAUCUUCCAGACUUAAGAAUCUAACUUUGGGACAGACUACUCCUAGGAAGCUUUUCAAAAGCUAACAGACAAUUA